CUCAAUUAAUCAAUCAGUCAUCAAAAUGGCGUUGAUCAUGCCGUUCGUGUCCGUUGCUAUAUCUAUACUGUACACGCCGUUAUUACUUUUAAUAUUGUGCAUAAUAUUCCUUGCUUCAAUUGGAAAAUCUUUGGGCGUCCGGAGACUAUACGUGAACAUACUGCUGAAACUUUUCGAGAUUUAUGAGCGCAGUCUCCUUAAUUGUUAUGGCAGACAACACAUUGAGGUCGCGAAGAUCAAGAUCCAGCGUUCAGACAGUUCUGAUGAGGAGGAACUGCCUCCAAUACCUGACGAUACUCCACCUUCAGCCAUUGUCAAGGAGAAUGGGGCUAAUGGUACAAAGAUGACAGUGAUAGAACGGCACGAGAUCCUCGGGCCGUCUCCGGAGCUCAACUACAAGAGGAGCACCAGCCAGGAGCGAGUGCAGAACGGACAUAAGACUCCACAGGGGAAUGGUGAAAAUAAUAUGGAGUUCCACCUAUCAAAUUGCCUGGACCUUGUGAAGGCGGGCAUGGAGUCUAUCAUAGAAGACCAGGUGACAUCAGUCUUCGAGGCUGAAGAGUUGAGGAGCUGGAACCUCCUCACUAGGACUAAUAGACAAUACGAAUUCUUAACAUGGAGAUUAACAAUAAUAUGGGCAAUGGGUUUCGUAGUCCGAUACAUGUUUCUAUUACCGCUCAGGAUAAUGAUAUUUGUUAUUGGGGUGCUAGUAAUGGUGCUAUCAACAUGGAUAGUAAGCAUGAUACCAUUCGUGCGCCUACGCAACAAACUCGGCCGUAUUUCAUACAAAACAAGCAUCAGAGUACUGAUUCGAGGCCUUUCGGUCCACGCGAGGUUCCACAACCAGCAGUUUAAGCCUAAAGCCAAUGGCUUCUGCGUAGCUAACCAUACCAGUCCCAUAGAUGUCGGCGUCCUCAGCAUUAAGACCUGUUUUUCUUUGAUCGGUCAAAGACACAAUGGUUUUCUAGGAAUCCUACAGAGGGCGCUAGCUAGGGCUUCGCCCCAUAUAUGGUUUGAGAGAUCAGAAGUUAAAGACAGGCAUGCGGUCGCUAGGAGAUUAAAAGAGCACAUAUCGGUGGCCGACAACCCGCCGAUCCUUAUCUUCCCUGAAGGCACUUGUAUUAAUAAUACUUCAGUGAUGCAGUUCAAAAAAGGCAGUUUUGAAGUCGGUGGCACUAUCUACCCUGUGGCUAUCAAAUACGACCCCCGGUUCGGCGACGCUUUCUGGAACAGCUCUCGCUACGGCAUGCUGCACUACCUCCUCAACAUGAUGACGUCGUGGGCCAUCGUCUGCGACGUGUGGUACCUGCCCGCCAUGACUCGCGCCGCCGACGAGAGUGCCGUGGACUUCGCUAAUAGGGUCAAAGCUGUUAUUGCGAGGAGAGGAGGCCUUGUGGACCUUAUGUGGGACGGACAAUUAAAACGAAUGAAACCCAAAAAGGAAUGGCGUGAGUUACAACAGGAGGAAAUCAGUAAAAGACUAAAAGGCGAAUAGUUUCUAUAAAUAAAUUCAGUGAUUUUGGACUCUAUUACCGCCCCGGGCGGAGUUGCGCGACGAGCGUAGUGUUGGGUGCAUACCGAAUUUGAUAUUGUGAACUUCGAUAUUUCAACGGCAAAAGGUUUUAUUUCAAAUAAAAAAACUUUAAAAUUAUUCACUGGAUACUGAUAGUGUCAGUUAGUUAUCUGUUAGAUAAUGGUAUCUGCCAGAUAAAGCUGCUUAUAAUUUCAAAUAAAUAAAAAGAAGGUGAAAAUUAACGUUAAGCCCGGUUUCACUGGAUGCCGAUGGUGUCAGUUAGUUAUCUGAUAGAUAAUGGUAUUUGCCAGAUAAGGCUGCUUAUAAUUUCUGCCAGAUAUUGCAAACCGUAAGCAUAUGAAAUGAAAAGUUAUAGUUUAUCUGUCAGAUAAGUUUCAGAUAGGCUCUCAGAGACCUUAUCAGUAACCGGUGAAACUGGAAAAGCACUGUUAUUUAAAAAUGAAUGUUUAACACAUGUUUAAAAAUAUGUUGUAUAGACUAUUUUAAACGUGUCAAAAUUCUGUUGAACUUUUUGUAAUAUUUGGUAAUUGAAAAUUGAAAAAAAGGUGGAAAUUAACCCCGAUACAAAAAAAUCAAGGAAAUGUGAUAGAAUUGUGAACUUUUUCUAAGCUGGUUAUUUAUUACAAUUUAUGAAAUGAAA